UCCGCCCCGUCCGGUGGGGCGACUGGCCGCAUGGAGGCCGGCUGAGGAGCGCCGCCCCGCCUCGGCUUAGCUCGUCGGUGCAGGAGCCGCUCCCCAGCCAUGGAGGGGGAGGAGAAGCAGCCACCCCAGGAGGCUGACACGGAACCUGUUGUGACAGUGGGGGCUUCAGAGGUGGUGCCCAGGGUGCUUUCUGGAGAAUCCCAGAACCUGUCCGACGCGGACGCGCUGACCCUCCUCCUGGAGAUGAAGCUGAGGCGGCGGCGGGAGCGGCCCAGCCUGCCGCGCACGGUGACCGAGCUGGUGGCCGAGGACGGGAGCAGGGUGUAUGUGGUGGGCACGGCCCACUUCAGUGACGACAGCAAGAAGGACGUGGUGAAGACCAUCCGGGAAGUGCAGCCUGACGUGGUGGUCGUGGAGCUCUGCCAGUACCGCGUGUCCAUGCUGAAGAUGGACGAGAGCGCGCUGCUCCGGGAGGCCAAGGAGAUCAGCCUGGAGAAGCUGCAGCAGGCCGUGAGGCAGAACGGGGUCAUGUCUGGACUCAUGCAGAUGCUGCUGCUGAAAGUGUCCGCUCACAUCACCGAGCAGCUGGGCAUGGCUCCUGGUGGCGAGUUCAGGGAGGCCUUCAAGGAGGCCAGCAAGGUGCCUUUCUGCAAGUUCCACCUGGGCGACCGGCCCAUCCCCGUCACCUUCAAGAGGGCCAUCGCGGCGCUGUCCUUCUGGCAGAAGGUGAAGCUGGCCUGGGGCCUGUGCUUCCUGUCAGACCCCAUCAGCAAGGACGACGUGGAGCGCUGCAAGCAGAAGGACCUGCUGGAGCAGAUGAUGGCGGAGAUGAUCGGCGAGUUCCCCGACCUGCACCGCACCAUCGUCUCGGAGCGCGACGUCUACCUGACCUACAUGCUGCGGCAGGCGGCCCGGCGCCUCGAGCUGCCGCGCGCCUCCGACGCUGAGCCCAGGAAGUGCGUCCCGUCCGUGGUGGUGGGCGUCGUGGGCAUGGGCCACGUCCCGGGCAUCGAGAAGAACUGGACCACGGACCUCAACAUCCAGGAGAUCAUGACCGUCCCCCCGCCGUCCAUCUCCGGCAGAGUGUCCCGGCUGGCCGUGAAGGCCGCCUUCGUGGGCCUGCUGGGCUACGGCCUCUACUGGACGGGACGCCGCAUCACCAGCCUGGUCCUGGCACUGCCUGUCGCUCAGUACUGUCUGCACAGGGUGUCCUCAGCCCGGCCGCACAAGUAGGAGGGAUCAGCACGGCAGGGGACCACCCCCAUCCCCCCAGGAGCUCUGGGUGCCACCCCCCGUGGGGGUCCAGGCCCAGCCACCCCUGCCCUCCCCCAACCCGCCCAAAUAAAGAAUUAUUUAACUGCUCUGAGCUCAGGCUUCCCAGCAGCCCCUCCCCCACCCCAUCCCUGGCCCCUGCAGGGCCCCCUCACGGGGUUCUCGGGGCGUCAGGACCAGCUGGCGGGGGAGGGGCCGAGGUGGGCACGGCCAGUCCUCCCCUACCUCACUGUGCCUUCUCCUGGGCUGGCCGCAGGAGCCCCGGCCCAGGCGCACCCGGCGGAGGGGUCUGGGCCGUCGGGCUCCCGGCCGGCGUGUCUGGGAAGGGCCGGAGCCGCUCCGUGGUGGUUCCGGGAAGCGUCCCUCCCUGCAGGGCAGCGGGGCCGAGCUUGGUCCCACGGACAUGCACCGUGGCCUGUGGAGAUUGUGUUUUUGGCUUUUAAAAAUGUCUGAAGUUUUUUUUACUCAGGUAAUUUUAACUUAAAAUGAACUGAAGCAAACGUCAGGAAAUAACGAGCCUUAAAUCUGAUUGGGACAAAGAGGCGGUCUCGGUCGGGGGCGGUCGGGGACUCAGUCCUAAGCCGGUGAGCCUGGGGGAAGGGUCGGCUUCACCUGCGGAGCUGGGCCGGCGCUGACCCUCACCCCCCAGCUGCCCCCUUGGUCAGCCCCUGGCUGGGGGGCAUCCAGAGCUGCGGCCCCCGGGCCCGAGUCUCCCCCCCCACCCCCCCAGGCACAGAGGACCACACCUGCUUCUCCUGCCGCACCCUCAGUGGGCAGAGGGUGCGGGUCCCCCAGAGCCCAGCAGUUGGCACACGUGCUGGCAGGUGCCCGCCACCUUCUGCGGCCCCGCGCGGGGCGCCCACCUCGGGCAUCUCCGGUGUAUGUCGUCGCUGCUCCUGGUCAUGUCUGUGACACAUCUGUGUGGCCCUCCUGUGGCCCGGGGCCCUGCUCCGUUGGGUUUGUGUUCACUCAGUGUCCGACAAAAUGAGGUGAAACCCACGGCCGUGAGCUGGGCUGGACCGUGUUCUUCCUGUCACGUACGUGCGUGUACACGUUCCUCAGAAACUGAAAUAAAGUCUAAUUUUGGAA